AAGCAGUUUGACCUAAGCGCAUGCGGCUCGGGCUCUUCCUCUUCGUACGAUUGGACGCUUUGCGUCUCUUUUGACCCCAGGGACUCGCCGUCGUCCGGCUGAGGCGUCCGCUGGUUGAGAUGAUGGCGACUGGGACGCCGGAUUCGCAAGCACGAUUUGGUCAGUCGGUGAAGGGGCUUCUCACGGAGAAGGUGAACACCUGCGGGACCGACGUGAUCGCGCUCACCAAGCAGGUGCUGAAAGGUUCCCGGAGCUCCGAGCUGCUGGGUCAGGCAGCUCGAAACAUGGUACUACAGGAAGAUGCCAUCUUGCACUCAGAAGAUAGCUUAAGGAAAAUGGCGAUAAUAACAACGCAUCUUCAGUACCAGCAAGAAGCUAUUCAGAAGAAUGUUGAACAGUCACCUGACCUGCAGGACCAGUUGAGUCAUUUACUGAAGUAGCGUGUCCUAGCAGUAACUGACUUCUUUGCCUGAUGCUGAAGAGGAUGUGUCUCACAUAGCCACCAGGCUAUGGGCUUGGUUUCCAUUUUCAUCUCCAAAAAUUCAUCUAGAAAAGACUUGUAAAAAGUAGCCAAGUGACUGAACUUGGACUCACUACUUAGAUUGGAUUAACCCAUACUCUUAUCAGAUAUUUAAGUUGUAUCAUAUUCAAAUAAAAUUAAUAGGUUCUAUUGUUAGCACUGAAAAAAAAUUUAAAAACUUGUUAAAAAGCUGUAUCAUCUCACAUGAUCCUUAA